AUGUCUGACCUGCUGGAGAAGUCGCAGUCGCGAAACGCUUCGCAAAGUCAAGUUGAAGAUGUGAACUCCAACAUCUUGGCCCAGGCCGAUGCCCCCAUCAACUAUGACGCGGAUGGCAUCAAAGGCAUAGUCCGCUCACCCUACGUGCUGGGAGCUGCUCUCCUGGCCUCCUUCGGCGGCUUCUCUUUCGGUUACGAUCAGGGUGUCAUUUCAAUCAUUCUCGUCAUGCCUCAGUUCCACGGUGUCUUCCCCGAAACCACCCCCGAGCACCCUCGAUACGGAUUCAACACUGGCUUCAUGACCGGAAUGCUCGAGUUUGGUGCUUUCGUCGGUUGUCUGUUUCUCCCCUAUCUAGCCGACAAGAUCUCCCGAAAAUGGUCCCUCACAAUCGCAACAUUCUUCUUCGUUGUCGGGGCUGUCAUUCAGACUGCCGCUCAUAACUACGGCACUUUAGUUGCCGGCCGAACAAUCGGUGGAGUAGGCGUCGGCACUUUGGCUAUGGGUGCGCCUCUCUACAUCUCGGAGAUCGCGCCGCCUAACCUUCGCGGGUCUCUGCUCGUGCUUGAGUCCAUCAGUAUCGUGAUAGGUGCGAUCAUCGCGUACUGGAUCACGUUCGCAACACGAAGCAUACCUAGCGAGUGGGCUUUCCGACUUCCUUUCGCCCUACAAAUGGUCCCGGCUUUGAUGGUCGGUCUGGGAAUCCACUUCUUCCCCUUCUCGCCGAGAUGGCUCGCCAUGGUUGGCCGUGACGAAGACAGUCUCGGGUCCCUAGUCAAGCUCCGCCGCGUCGCAGUAUCCGACGAACGAGUCCAAACCGAGUGGAAGGGCAUCCUGUCCGAGGUUCGUUUUCAGCAGGCGAUGGUAGCCCGCGAACACCCCAGCUCCAACGCCCUCACCGCCGAACUUGCUCAGUGGGCAGACUUGUUCAAGCCGCGGUUUCUCAAGCGCACGACAAUUGCUCUGGCCAUCCCAUUCCUGCAACAAUUCAGUGGUAUCAAUGCCUUCGUGUAUUACGCGCCGACGUUCUUCGCUGCUCUAGGCCAAAAGGGUGACAUGCCUCUGAUUCUGUCUGGUAUGGUGAACAUCUGCCAGCUUGUUGCUGGCAUCCCGACGUUCCUGUUUCUCGACCAGGUGGGUCGAAGGAAAUUGGCCAUCGGCGGUGGCUUUGCCAUGGCUGUGCCUCAUCUUAUCAUGGCCGGUGUCGUCGGGAAGUUCAACAACAAAUGGGACCAGAACCCUGCCAUGGGCUGGCUUGGCGUCGCUCUUAUCUACAUCUACGUUCUCUGCUACGCUUGCUCAUAUGGACCCCUGGCAUGGACGUUGCCGGCGGAAAUCUUCCCCAACUCGAAGCGUGCCAAGGGUGUAGGCGCGGCGACCGCCAUGAUCUGGCUGGCCAACUUCAUCAUCGGCGUCUGCGUCCCUGAGAUGUUGAUCAAGAUUGGCUGGGGUACAUACCUAUUCUUUGGGUCUUUCUGCGUCGUGGCCGGUGUUUUCUCCUUUUUCAUGGUUCCCGAGACUGCGCAUAAGUCUCUGGAGCAAAUUUCCGCAUUGUUCGGAGAUAAUGAUGUGGCCGAGGAGCAAGAGAUUCGUAGGCGUAUUGUUGAAGAGAUCUGGACCGAUCCAAAAUACCAGGUCUCGAGCUUGUCGCAGGCUUAG